CAUAGGUAAAUUGUGCUACUAAUUUGGUCCAAGCCGCACACCGUAGUUGAGGCACCAUCGAGCUGCAGUGCUGUUGUUGGAAAAAGUAGCACCAUAGAUAGUGAGACAUAAUGGGCAACACAAGUGACAGGGUGUCUGGAGAUCGCCAUGGAGCCAAGGCCCACCGCUCAGACAGCAGCGGCAGUCACAAAGACCACGAGCCCAGCAGCAAGAUGGUGGACAGCACAGAUGACCCCAACAUCUUCAACACGCAUGGGCCAGAGUCCAAGGCGCUUGGAGAGAAAGAAUUCACCCCAGAUCUGGAUGACCUGGUGAAAACUGGUCCUCAGGCUCGACCCACAGUCAUCCGCUGGGCCGGAGGGGGAAAGGAGGUCUACAUAGCUGGUUCCUUUAAUAACUGGAGCACGAAGAUCCCACUAAAUAAGAGCCAUAAUGACUUUGUAGCGAUCCUCGACCUGCCAGAGGGAGAGCACCAGUACAAGUUUUUUGUAGAUGGGCAGUGGGUCCAUGAUGCAUCAGAGCCAGUUGUAACCAGCCAGCUUGGCACUAUCAACAACCUGAUCCAGGUGAAGAAGUCAGACUUCGAGGUGUUUGACGCCCUGCAGGUUGACUCCCUGGAGUGCUCGGACACAUCAGAUCUGUCCAGCUCCCCUCCAGGUCCAUAUGGGCAGGAGCAGUACAUCUUCAGGCCUGAGGAGCAUUUCAAAGCCCCACCUAUACUCCCUCCUCACCUCCUUCAAGUCAUUCUCAACAAGGACACCAACGUAUCUUGUGACCCUGCCUUGCUGCCUGAGCCCAACCACGUCAUGCUGAACCAUCUUUACGCUCUCUCGAUAAAGGAUGGAGUGAUGGUGCUGAGUGCGACUCACAGAUACAAGAAGAAAUACGUCACGUCUCUGCUCUAUAAGCCUAUCUAAACCUCAACUUGGGUGCUCCACAGUGCUUAUAGAGAGCAGCAUGUUUGUAUCCUGCUGUUUUUUGUUUUUUUUAAUCAUCACGUUUAGCCAAAUCUUGCACUGAAACAAGUUUACAGGCGAGCUAAAGGCCAGUGGCUGUGACUGUGGCUUGGUUUUUCAAAGGUUGCACUUCUGUCUACAUAGGGCUCUGAACAAAAGUAGCGAAGUGUGGUUGUGUGUGUGUGGAGGGUGUCAGAGGGAGAUGAGAACCACACUGUGGCUUUCACCUGCGACAUCUACAGACAGAUAAGAGACUGACAAACUCACUGUGUGCAUUCGAGUGUUUGCUGCACCUUGUGAAUAUAUGCAUGUCCGUGUGUAAAACUAGAUUUCUUUUAAAGGGCGUUCUCCUACAAUGAGGGCUUUUUGAGUGUUACUGAUGUAGUUUGAUUUUUAAGUGUUGUGUCGUCAUAUCCUUCUCAAAGAGGUUGAAUUAAGUUUUAAACUAAUUGACUUUACAGCAUUUCUGGCAAGUGCAUGCAGAAUAACAGAGUGACUCAAUCUGGUCAAAGUCAGGUCCAGGUGCUGAAGGGAGCAGCAGACCAAGUGCAAUAACCUGCUGAAUAGAGAACUGAAUGGUAACUCGACAUGGAGUCAGAGACAGUGAGCAACAGCUUAUUUUGUCUGUAUGUGCAUAUUAUGUUCAAUUUCUCACAGUUAAGCCAUCAUUCAGUGGAAUCUACAACAUGAACUAAACUACCAACAAGUGCAAAAUUCCAGUUUUGUUAAUGUGAAGGUCACUGUGGAUCGAGUGCUGGUAUGUUUGAACAUGAAAGGCUCAUUUUCCGGAUGGGGAAUGGUGGUCAGAGGUCAGUGUUUAGUUCUGCUGUUGCCUUCAUUCUUACUUUCAGCACUUUAGCAUCCUGUGAGCAGGAGUGUUGAUAUAAGCUUUAAACUAUGCAGCACACAACUCUUGUACUGUAGCUUCUCUGGACUAUAAAACCCAAUUUUUGCUUCUUUUUUUUUUAAGAUAUGAACUUGCAGUGCUUUACGUGUGUGUGUGCAUCUAUGUUACGUUCUAUUUAUGAGAUAGGAAUGUACUGUAUGAAUCUGUUAAAUGUAUGACCGUACACCGAGGCGUGUACACCGAAACAGUUUCAACUUGCUGCUCUGCAUGCAUGAAUGUCUGCAACUUGUGAGGAUACGACACAUUGACUGAGUGUGGUCGACAUUUAGAAGCAGAUCAGCCGCACACACCUCAAGAUGUGAUCAGCGGCAUGUUUUCAGAUGAAAUUUACAUGGCUAUGAUGAGAAUAGACAGUUGCCAUGAGUUUAAAAGUUGUAUAAAGUUUGCUCACGUGUCUUUUUUCCAGUAUAACCAUUUAAGAUAAUCUGUAUUUUAAAGUAUGGUGGCUUUGAAAGUUAUAUUUGUCACUUGUAAGUUGUGCUGUUUAAAUGUCUGCACAUACAUAACAGUGUGUACCCAUGGUUGAUACACUACAGACUUUUAAAAGGGGCUUUCAUAAACCCUGUUGGUGUUCAACUAGACGCUCUGAGAGUAUUUUUUGUGAAUGUCGAGCCUAGCCAUGGAGUUUUUGUCCAAAGAGUUUUUAAGACUUACAGAUACGAUAAGGGAGUAUGGACAAGCGCUGUGGAUGCCAUGUGGUGUUUUAAGGCUUAAACCAAAACUUGAAUUUUCCAACCGUUUCAUGAAUGUUUUAAAAUGCUUUGCAGAACCAGUGGGGUGAUUUCAUUGUACAAGGGUUUACUUGUUUGCAAAUAAAGAGGGGACAUGCUGG